GCUGCAGCCAAUGGCAGAAGCCCAGGGAGAAUCGUUGACGAAACAACGCGCAGCCAAACGGACAACCUCAACGCAACGCGAGCCUCGGCCGGCGUUAACGAAUAGCCAAAGCCAAUCCCCCUCAAAUGCCUCGUCUGAUUGGUGAUUGCCUCCUCGUCCGGCGUUAAAUAGCAGCCUCGGCUCCUUUGCGCAUCCGAACCGAACCGAGCCUCGCCACCAUGAUCUCCCCGCGCCCCACUCUCUCCUCCGGUUUCUUCUCCCGCUCCGCCUCCUUCUCCCGCCCGGCCUCAUUCUCCCCGUCGCCGCCUGCCUCGCCGGCCGCCCAGGCGCCGCCGCCGCUGCUCUCGGCCCCGUUCGCCCGCCCCGCCACCUUAUCCUGCUCCGCCGUCGCCGCCCCGGGACGCGGCGCCUCCUCCUGCUUGUACGACGUGCUCGGCCUCGACGCCGGCGCGAGCGACGGGGAGAUCAAGGCCGCGUACCGCCGCCUGGCGCGCGCCGUCCACCCGGACGUGUCCCCGCACCCCGCCGACGACUUCAUACGGGUGCACGCCGCCUACAGCACGCUCUCCGACCCCAGCAAGCGCGCCGACUACGACCGCCGCAUGAUCAUGAUCCCCUCCGCCGUCGGCCGCCGCAGCGCCCCGAACCUCGCCCGCUCGCCGUCGUUCCCCGGGUGCCGUCGCCGCACCUGGGAGACUGACCAGUGCUGGUGAUCGACUGCCCACCAUCCGCCCCGACUAACGCGUCACGAAGGUCGCUGACGUUUUCGGCCGGAGUGGCCUCCGGCUGGUUUCCCGGGCGGUUAGAAAUGCAAAGGUUACCGCGGCCACUAGGCUCACUUGCAGUGGUGGCCGGGUCACUACGCUUCUAGAAUAAACUGUAGUACGUACUCUGUUGUUAGCGCAACGUACAAUUAGUCUCACGCUUCGCUCUGGCUUGUAUAUAGAAAAACAAAAGAUCAAUGUAUGGCGUGUGUGACGUCCGUCUAUUUUGAAGUCUAUCAUGCAUGUUCGGCUUGAUGUGGUGAUCUGACAGUAGGAUUUGUUAAAUCAUAAUGAGCUGGACUCCUGGAGAUGCUGAGGGCCGGAUGGUGAUCUUGGCGUACUUUUCUUCUCGCGUGCCUGGUGGCUGGUGCGGACCUGGGGGGCUGCGGUCUGUGGAGUCUGAAUGCUUCAAAGCACUCCCGGUUUUCUUUGAGAGAAAGGAACUGCUGGUGCUGAAUCAUCCACUGGCAAGACUCCAAGUCGUCGCAAGAGCCGAGAGGGACUUGAAUGAAUAGAUGCUUUGCUCCAA